CCCGCGGCUGGAAGGCGCCGUUCCAAGAUGGCGGACGGGGUGCUGAGCGCCGGGGUGAACCUGGAGGCCUUCGCGCAGGCCAUCGCGGCCAUCCAGGCGCUGCGCUCCAGCGUCACGCGGGUCUUCGACUGCCUCAAGGACGGCCGGCGCCACAAGGAGGCCCUGGAGGGGCGCGAGAAGGGCUUCCUCGCCAGCUUCCAGGAGAGCCUCCACUCCGUCAGCCGCGACUUGGGCGAGUUGGAGCGCCUGAGUAACCUUGUGGGCAAGCCGUCUGAGAACCAUCCCCUCCACAACAGCGGUCUGCUUAGUCUAGAUCCUGUUCAAGACAAAACACCCCUCUACAGUCAACUGCUCCAGGCCUAUAAAUGGUCCAACAAGUUGCAGUACCACACCGGCCUGGCAUCUGGUCUUCUGAACCAGCAGUCUUUGAAGAGGUCUGCCAACCAAAUGGGAGUAUCUGCCAAGCGAAGACCAAAAGCCCAGCCAACCACCCUGGUGUUGCCACCUCACUAUGUUGAUGACGUGAUCAACCGCAUUGACCGAAUGUUUCCCGAGAUGUCUAUUCACCUAUCCAGGCCAAAUGGGACUUCUGCAAUGUUGCUGGUGACCUUGGGAAAGGUAUUAAAAGUUUUAGUAGUCAUGAGAAGCCUCUUCAUCGACCGGACAAUAGUCAAGGGUUUCCAUGAAAAUGUCUACACAGAAGAUGGCAAGCUUGAUAUAUGGUCAAAGUCCAACUAUCAAGUGUUUCAGAAGGUGACUGAUCAUGCAACCACAGCCCUCUUACAUUACCAGCUACCUCAGAUGCCAGACGUGGUCGUCAGGUCCUUCAUGACCUGGCUGAGAAGUUACAUAAAGCUAUUCCAAGCUCCCUGCCAACGCUGUGGAAAAUUUCUGCAGGAUGGCCUCCCCCCAACCUGGCGUGACUUUCGGACGCUGGAAGCCUUCCAUGACACAUGUAGGCAAUGACCCAAUCUAGAGGCUGAUAAGAACACACGGAAACAAAAGAAAGCAGAAGUCAGACCUUCCAUAUGGCUAAAAAUUCUGUUUCCUCCUUGACCAAGAUCAAUAUUUACAUGAACCUCAGGAGGACUAGAUGAAUCUUUUGGUGGACCAUUGUAACCCAUCCCAUGAUAAUGACUUGGUUCGGCCAAGAAUGGGGAGAGUGGUUAUUAUCCAUCUCUCGAAACCCAGCAUCACUACUUGAUGUGAAUUCCUUGAUGGCUUUCAAGAGGAUGUGGGCUUUCCAUCAAAUUGGUCUGCAGUUCUAAACUUCUCUUUAUAUAAAUAAAAAUUGAUCCUUUUG